UUACCGUUUAGCGCAUUUGCAGGAUAUCAUGUUUUCAGUUACUUUCAAUUCGUCUUUUUGGUCCUAAAUUUUGUGUUUUUUUGCAUCGAUGGUUCGAUGGAAGCUCAGAAAAGAAUUACUUAUAAAUUAUCAGAAACUCAGGAGCCAUACCAACUAGAAGAAAAUGUUAGGCUGGAAAUGCCCCAGGGCCAUGAUGUUAUAAUACAAGUAAAAGCCUGCGUACUGGAUACUAACCAUGUGCACCUGAGUUCUCUGUUCAGAGAACUUUUUCUUUAUGAUGAAUUACCAGAUGUUCCUGUCAGUACCGAAGUGUCCGGCGUUGUAUCACAAGUUGGACCAGAUGUGACUAGGUUUAGCGUUGGUGAUGAUGUUGUUGGAAUGCUUUCUCCAUCACCUGGUUCAAGUGGUGCUUGUGCAUCAUUUUGCACAGUAUCAGAAUACAAUAUUGUGAAGAAGCCAAGUAAAGUGACCUAUGCAGAUGCAGCAUGCUGUGUUGGUAAUGGACUACAAGCUUUUACAGCUCUACAUUAUAAAGCGAAUCUUUGUGGUGGUGAAACAGUGUUGGUCAUGAAUGGUGCUUCGGGAGCUGGGAUAAUGGCAAUCCAACUAGCUCAAUUAUGGGGUGCAAAGAUUAUAACAACUGCCCAUAGCGAGGAGGAAAAGUUAUUUCUUGAAAGUUGGAGACCUGAAAUUGGAAAAAUUAUUGAUUACACCAAACUUAAAAUCCCUUUGGUGGACGACUGUUUGAAUGAGACUGCAGGCACUGGAGUAGACUGUAUCAUUGAUAAUGGAGUUGACCAGUUUCCAAAAACUGACCAAAACACAAUCACUGACAUUCCCACAAAGCAUGAACUAGUGUCAUGUCUAGCAGUUGGUGGAAGAUGGAUAACAACACAGAGUGAUCUACAGUUGGAUCCUCCACACUCGAAAAUGCUGUACAUGAAAGGAGCCAGUUUGUCAUUUUUAUUCAAAGAUGUCUGGACUCUAUCAAAAGGACAGCAAGGUCGAUUUUUGCAUAUUUUGACGGAGGUACUUGACAAAGUUGAAACAGGAACAUUAAAACCAGUCGUGCAUCAUACGGUGAACUUUGAGGAUGCCAUCUCUGCUAUCAAAAAUUUACAUAAUUUUCCAGUUGGUAACGUAGUUUUAGUCGUAUAAGAAACUGCGGUUACAAUGAAAUUUCACCUUUGAUUUUGAACACUAAUCCCAUGUUAUAAUUCUUUACACGCGAUCCAAUUUUAACGGAUCCAAUUCACUUCUGAUGUAUGGAAUGUAGUCUGUUGUUGAUAAAGCUGGGUUUGGCUUUAGUUGAUUUGCUGUCCAUAUUAGAUUGCAAGGCGAAAGACUAUAAAACAUCCAUCAGAAGUGAAAUAGAUCAGAGGUGAAAUUGGCUUGCGUGAACAGAUCUUAACGUUGUUAACGAUCUUAAAGGGACCGCUAGGGACGCCGUAACAACUGGCAAAGUUAGGCAAACGCUGCGACUAGACCAAGGUCUGUUUAAUUAACAUGGUCCUUGAAUAAGCACUCAGACAAAUGACAGAUCACAAACAUGCAUGGCUUUCCACUGUCGCGUUUUUUUUUACUUUUUUGUACAUUCGUACACGCACGUAAAAGUUUA